AUGUAUUACUAUAUUGCAAAAAACCAACCGUACUAUUCGACUUUGAUGUCCUUAAGUUUCUUAGGAUUAUAUCCUAGAUCCUCGGAGACGAGCAGUUUAAAUAUUUCACUUGCCGCGACGAUCGGUACCAUUAUUUUAGCUUUUAUAAUUUGUAAUGUCGGUGGUAUUGGUCAUUUAAUUGUAUCAUUUAAAGGUAAUAAAGGAGCGGAAAUGAGUGAAGAUAUGGCUGUAGCCGUAGGCGGUUUGGGGUUUUUGAUGUGUGCUUCUUUGUUCAAAAUGAAAUGGCAGCAUUGGGUAAAACUUUGGGAAUCUCUAACUAAUUUUAAUACGUUCGCUGUAGUAAUGGGAAUGAUUGGUAAUCAAGUAGUACAAAAGUACAAGCCGUUGGGAGCUGCAAUAUAUCUAGGAGGUUAUGUUAUGUCAAUUUUUUGCUUGUCUCAUGCUGGCCAAAGAGUUUGGGACGAGAGUAUGUCUAUAUCUGAUGCGAUCUACGAUUCAAAUUGGCACACGGGUAGCGACGAAAUGAGGAAAGACUUGGCUUUUAUGUUACAAAGAUCUCAAGAACCUAUGACCAUCAGUUCUUUACCAUUGGGAACGUUUAAUUAUGCCUUGUUUAUAACGAUGUUAAAAGCUGCUUACUCUUAUUUGACAUUGCUACAAGAGUCUACAUCUGCCGAUGAAGAAUAGCACGAACAAAA